AUGGACAGCACGACGGAAGUGAGCAGCAACCAGGCCGCUUCAGGCAUGACGGACGCCGAGAAGCAGGCAAAGAAGGACGCCGCCGGCAGCGAGGAGGCGGCGCCGGCCUACGCGCCUGCGACGACGGAGGAUAACAGCGUGCUGGCCGGCGAGGAUGGUGAAUUAAUCGACUACAAGACCCUGACGUGGUGGCAAGGCGGCAUCGUCCUGAUUGCCGAAACCGUAUCCCUCGGCAUCCUCUCCCUGCCUUCCGUGCUGGCGACCGUCGGCCUUGUCCCGGGCAUCGUCCUCAUCCUCGUCAUGAGCUUCCUGUCGACGUACUCGGGCCUUGUCCUCGCCGAGUUCCGUAGCGAGUACCCCUUUGUACAGAACUUCGGCGACGCCGUCGAGGUUAUGGGCAAGUCCAUUGGCAUGGGCGCAAUCUUCCAGGAGGUGUUUGGCUGGGCCCAGGUCAUAUUCCAGGUCUUCGUCAUGGGCUCCCACCUGUUGACCUGGACCAUCUGCAUGAACACUCUCACCAACUCAUCCACCUGCACCAUCGUGUGGGCCGUCGUCGGCCUGGCCGUCUUCGCUGUCCUCAACUUCCCCAGAACGCUCAAGUACACGAGCUACAUGUCCAUGGCCUCGUGUUUGUCCAUCACCCUCGCGGUGCUCAUGACCCUCGGUGACGUCGCCGUCAGCCGUCCCAUUGGCACCGGCAGCAUCGAAGUCGCCCGCCAGCUCGGAUUCACCGGCGCGUUCCUGGCCGUGACCAACAUCGCUAUUGCGUUCUCGAGCCACUCGUGCUUCUUCAGCGUCAUUGGCGAGUUCAAGGAGCCCAAAGACUGGCCCAAGGCCCUCGCCCUCCUCCAGAUCGCCGACACGACGCUGUAUCUCCUGGCGGCCAUCAUCAUCUACGUCUUCGUCGGGGCCGACGUCCCCUCGCCCGCCCUCUCCGCCGCCGGCUCCAAGGCAAUGCGCAAGGCCAUCUGGGGAGUCGCCAUCCCGACCAUCGUCAUCGCGGGCGUCAUCUACGGCCACGUCGCGGCAAAGUACAUCUUCUCGCGCGUGUUCCGCAACACCAAGCACAUGAUCCGCCGCACCAAGCUCUCGGGCAUCGCGUGGAUCGCCAUCGUCACCGGCAUCUGGGCCCUCUCCUUGGUCAUCGCCGAGUCGAUCCCCGUCUUCAACAGUCUCCUCGGCCUCAUCUGCGCCCUCUUCGCCUCGUGGUUCUCAUACGGCCUGCCCGGCAUCUUCUGGCUGUGGAUGCACUACGGCAACUGGUUCAAGGACGGCAAGCAGACAUGCAAGUUCGUGGCCAACGUGUGCCUGUUCCUGACCGGCUUCCUCAUCUGCGUGCUCGGUCUGUGGGCGUCCAUCGAGAGCAUUGCCACCGAGAAGGCAUCUAAGCCGUGGUCAUGCGCGUCAAACGCUGCGCGGUGA